CACAGAUCCGCACCCGUACCCGCACCGACACCCGCAUCCACCAGCAGUCGCGCGUCGCGCGCUCGGCGCCUUUCCCCGUUCCCCCCGUUCCCCCCGUCCGCCAGAGCGUUCCGAGGGUUCCACACACCCCCCCGCGGUCCGCAAUGUCGGACGACGACUUUUCGGCCAACGCCGGGGCCGGGACCACCGGCAGGACCGCGACCGCCCCGGGCAAGCAUCGCGGCCCGCGCUUCACCUGGACCCCCCAGUUCGAGGCCACCUUCUUCCGGUCCCUGUGCGAGUCCGUCUCGCUCGGCCUGCGCGAUGGCAGCACCUUCAAGCCCGAGGCCUGGGAGCGCGCCAUGCAGGCCCUCAUCGAGAAGCACAGCGCCUACGCCAACAAGAGCCAUCUGAUCAACAAGACCGACAACGCCCGGAAGAAGUACCGCCUGUGGCGCGGCCUGCGCGAGGACCCCGAGUUCUACUACAACGUGCAGACCCGGACCGUGACGGCCACCGAAGAAGCUUGGGCGCGCCAUCUCCAGAAAGAGCCCCUCGCUCGCUCCCUCCGCGCGCGCCCGUUCGAGCACGAAGAAUACUACGAGAUCCUCUUUCCCGACGUUAUUGGCUCCGGCGGCGCUCCGAAGCGUCUCACCAAGCCGCGCAAAAAGAACACCGAAACGAUGAACGGGGGCGACGAGUCUGAGGCGCCGAACAACGCCAUCAUGGAUCUGCUCACCGACACGGCCUACAUCAACCCCAGCCAAACGCACAUGCCCCCGGCCUUGCCGCCCGCCCCCAUGCCGACGCCGAUGGCCGCCCACCCUCCGCAGCCUCAACAGCUGACGCGCGGUCCCACGACCUCGAUGCCGCCGCCGCCACCCCCGCGGUCAUCCGUCUCCUCCGCCUCGGCGCUGACCCCGCCCGAAGAGAAUGCCCUCCAAACACGCAAGCGCCUGCAGGCGCCUGAGAGUAAUCCCAACGCGCCAGGCCAACCACCCGAUAAGCGGCGCCGUACGGCGGCUCCGGGCUACCUCGACCUGUCACAGCAGAAACAGCAACAGCAACAACAGCAGCAGCAGCAGCAGCAGCAGCAACAGCAGCAGCAACAACACCACCAACAACAACCGCAAGCACAACAAGCCUCGCACGCCGCCGGCACCGCAGGCGGCCCUUCAUCCACUCCGACAUCCGCAUCGACCUCUGCCCUGCCAACGGCCAGCGGCAGCACCACAACCAGCGCCGCCGGCGCCGCCGCAACAGCCGGCCCAGCAACCGCGGCGGCGGCCGCCGCCCUCACCGAAACGCUGCACCACCUCCUGUCCGCCGCCGCGGCCGCGGUGGCCGCCGGCGGCGGCGCCCCGCCGCGCGGAGCCGGCAAGCCGGCGCCGGGCUGGCAGGAGCAGGCGAUGGACCUGUUCUUCCGCGACUUCGCGGGCGAGGACAUGGACCUGCAGCUCAAGAUCGCCGAGAAGGUGCUGACGGACGAGAACAAGGCCAUGGUGUUCUGCAAGAUGCCCGACGCGCUGCGCCGCCACUGGGUCAAGCGCCUGCGCGAGGUGCAUAAUCGGAUUGUGUAG